AUGCCGCCCAACCCUUUCACGACACACUGUGAUCCGAGUUUGGACCCCAAUUCUCCGAAGUUCAAUGCGAGUCACUGGGCGAGGACUGUACUUCACUUGUCCUCGCAAGAUCCUGAUCGGUUCCCACAGCGUACGGCGGGUGUGUCAUUCCGGAACCUCAGUGUCCAUGGCUAUGGCCGCUCAACAGCCUAUCAGAAGGAUUUCUUGAACGCUAUCUUGCAGUUGGGUGAUCUGGUUGGCGGCUUGAUCAACCGCAGAGACCAUAAACUGCAGAUAUUAAAAAAUCAUGACGGGCUCUUGCGCAGCGGAGAAAUGCUCCUUGUCCUGGGUAGGCCUGGCAGUGGUGUAUCAACUCUAUUGAAGACCAUCGCCGGUCAGACUAAAGGACUGUUCUUGGACGAGUCAACGGAAUUUAACUAUCAAGGGAUUGAAUGGGAUUUGAUGCACCAAAAGUUCCGAGGGGACGUGACGUAUCAGGCAGAAACAGACGUCCAUUUCCCACAUUUGACAGUUGGGCAGACCCUCCAGUAUGCGGCCCUGGCGAGAACACCUCACAAUAGGCUGCCCGGAGUCUCUCGCGAAACUUAUGCAACUCAUCUGCGCGAUGUGGUUAUGGCGGUCUUUGGAAUUUCCCAUACAGUCAAUACUAAGGUUGGCGACGACUUUAUUCGCGGCGUCAGUGGCGGAGAGAGAAAGCGAGUCAGCAUUGCAGAAUUGGCUCUCACACAAAGUUGUAUACAGUGCUGGGACAACAGUACUCGUGGCUUGGAUAGUGCUACGGCUCUCGAAUUUGCACAGUGUUGGGAACAGAGUGCCCUGAGAGCUAAACUUCUAGGAGAAAUAUCGAGCUUCGAGAAAGACCAUCCGAUUGGGGGACCCAUGUUGCAGAAAUUUGAAAACUCCCGGAAUGCCGAAAGGUCUCCUUUGAUGACGAAAAAAUCUCCCUACACAAUUUCUGUGUUGCAACAGAUAGCUUUGUGUAUGCGACGGGGCUACCACAGGAUUCUUGGGGAUCCUUCUUUCUUUAUCGUAACGGUUUUUGGCAACUUUUUUCUCUCUCUUAUACUUGGUAGUGUUUUCUACCAUCUUUCGGACACUUCCGCCAGCUUCACAGAUCGAUGUAUUCUCCUGUUCUUUGCUUUGCUCUUUAACGCACUCAACAAAGCGAUGGCCUCCAUGAUAUGCGAUCUACCGUGCAAAAUCCUCUCUACGCUGUCCUUCAAUUUGCCGUUAUACUGCAUGUCGAACUUGCGGCGGGAGUCGGGUCAUGUGGUCAUAUAUCUACUAUUCGCGUUCAUGUCGACCUCGACUAUGUCCAUGAUAUUCCGUACCAUUGCUCAACUGACCCGUACAAUUGCACAGGCUCUCACUCCCAUUGCGCUUGGUGCUAUUGGGCUAGUUGUAUACACCGGUUUUGUGCUGCCUACCCGGAACAUGCAAGUCUGGCUGCGUUGGCUCAACUACAUCAACCCGAUCGCAUACUCCUACGACACUCUUGUGGCGAACGAGUUUCAUGAUCGCGAAUUCGAAUGUGCAAGCUUUGUCCCUUCUGGUCCGGGCUAUGAGAAUAUUCCAGCUACAGAUCGAACCUGCUCUGUGGCAGGCGCUACUUCUGCCUCGAGCGUGGUCAGCGGAGACGCAUAUGUAGAGGCAAACUAUGGGUACUAUUAUUCUCAUACCUGGAGAAAUUUCGGCAUUCUUAUCGCUUUCAUUCUGUUCUUCAUGGCUACAUACCUCUUCAUUGCCGAAUUUGUGAAGUUCAGCUACUCCAAAGGCGAAGUGUUGGUAUUCCAGCGUAAGCAUAGGAUAGCCCGUGUUAACGGGGAACACGCCCAUGACGAAGAGAGCAGUGCCGAAAAAGCAGCGCCGGCAAGCCAUUCUUGCGUUGACAGCCAUGAAGGGCGUCAAGAAGACCAGUCUCUCAAGUUCCGCUUUGAAUCCAAUACCUUGCACUGGAGAGAUGUUUGCUACGAUGUUCCGAUCAAGGGCGAAAUGAAACGAAUUGCGGAUCACGUUGAUGGCUGGGUAACCCCAGGCACUCUGACUGCGUUGAUGGGCGCUUCAGGGGCUGGAAAAACAACACUCCUGGAUCUUCUAGCAAGCAGGGUGAAAACAGGCGUUGUAUCCGGCAACAUUUGCGUCAACGGAACCCCGCGAGAUGCGUCCUUUCAGCGCAGGGUAGGCUACGUUCAGCAGCAAGAUGUCCAUCCGGAAACCAGCACUAUUCGGGAAGCACUUCAGUUUAGUGCUCUCCUCCGCCAGCCUGCCUCUAUCAGUAAAGCUGAAAAGCUGCAAUAUGUGGAAGAGGUGAUUGAUUUGCUCGAAAUGAGACCGUACGCUGACGCUGUCGUUGGUGUUCCUGGAGAAGGUCUGAAUGUAGAACAGAGGAAAAGAUUGACUAUUGGCGUUGAACUAGCUGCAAAGCCUGAUUUACUACUCUUUCUCGAUGAGCCAACGUCGGGGCUGGACAGCCAGACGGCAUGGUCUAUCUCUCUGCUACUCCGGAAGUUGUCGAACCAUGGUCAGGCCAUCUUGUGCACCAUCCACCAGCCCUCGGCUAUUCUUUUCCAGCAAUUCGAUCGGCUUCUUCUACUAGCUAGAGGUGGCCGUACAGUAUACUUUGGGCCAAUUGGGUCUAACUCACAGAACCUUAUUGGCUACUUUGAGCGAUAUGGGGCAAGGGCCUGUGCGGAAGAGGAGAAUCCGGCGGAAUGGAUGUUGGAAGUCAUCGGUGCUGCCCCCGGGAGUACUUCGGUGCGUGACUGGCCGGUCACAUGGAAAGAGAGCCGUGAAUUCCAAGAGACGCGAAAGGAGCUUGAACGGCUUGAGCAGUCCGGCUCUCCUGGCCUGAAUAAAGGGGCCGCGCAAGUCCAGCAAUAUGCGACCCCGUUUCACAUCCAGCUGGGUCUUUGUACAAAGCGGGUUUUCGAACAGUACUGGCGCUCUCCGUCAUACAUCUAUGCUAAGCUGAUACUCUGCUUCGGAGCGGCCCUGUUUAUUGGACUUUCAUUUCUAAAUACGGAAGUUACGGUCCUAGGUCUUCAGCACCAGACUUUCGCGAUAUUCAUGCUCCUUGUUAUUUUCGCAUUCCUUGCUUACCAGACCAUGCCUAAUUUAAUCAAGCAACGCGACUUGUACGAGGUCCGUGAAAGGCCAGCCAAGACAUAUGCUUGGUCUGCGUUCAUGUUAGCCAACAUCAUAGUUGACAUCCCCUGGAACUCUCUUGCGGCAGUGCUGAUCUAUCUUCCAUUCUACUACAUCAUUGGGAUGUAUCAUAACGCCGAGGAAACUCAUGCGGUGAAUGAAAGGAGCGGACUCAUAUUUCUUCUGGUGUGUGUCAUGGCCAGUCCGGCCAGUCUUCCAGGAUUCUGGAUCUUCAUGUAUCGAGUAUCCCCGAUGACCUAUCUCGUUGGCGGCAUGCUUUCGGCCGGGUUAGCGAAUACUGCAGUUCACUGCUCUGGUCUGGAAUUGGUAAUCGUUCAACCUCCAGCCAACGAGACUUGUGCCAGUUACCUCGCCGAUUACAUGAAAAUCGCUGGAGGUUCUGUUUACAAUCCCCAGGCAACCGCCAACUGUGAAUACUGCGAGAUGACUGACUCGAAUGUUUAUCUCACAUUACUAUCCGCUUCUUAUGCCGAUCGUUGGCGCAAUUUUGGACUUAUGUGGGCAUACAUCGCGUUCAACGUGUUUGCUGCGCUCUUCUUGUAUUGCGUACAUUUCCUGUCCACAACAUACUCUGAUUGUCAUCAGUUCGAGUUUCAUUAG